AUUAAGUAAAAAAUCAAAAUUCUACUUUGUCUAACACAAAAUUACCUGAAGUAGCAUGUCCUUACAUGUAAUCCCCUGUCACCCAGCAGAAAUAUUUGCCGGGAUUAUUGGGUACGAUAUUGGAAGCUUAAUGGCGUAGGAGCAAAAGGAGUCACAAAACUGAGCUUUAUCCGCUGCACUAGAGUUCUAAAUGACCGGGUGAAACCGAAGUCAUCGGGGUAAAGUUGACUCUUUUUGUCACUACUCAAUCACAGGUCGAAACGUGUCGAAAGAAAAGCAAAAAGCAAUGAAUUCUUCUCGGGAGUGGAGACCACUUCAAGAUCAAAGUCAGUAGAGUCAAGGGCCAGUGCUACUUGGAAAGUGGAGUGAGUGAGAAAGAAAUUGGAGGGACUUGCCUUGAAUAGAAUUGACGAAGACGAUCAAGAAUAUAUUUUCUCUUCGACUAAGCUUCGCCUUCUUCUUCUUCUACUGGUCCAUUUUUUGCUUUCUCUGGUUCGCUACACUAGUCCAAACUCGUUCUAAUAAUCUUUUGACUACUACUGGAUUGGUCUUGUUUCACAAAAAAAAAAAUUAUGUUCUUUUUACGCCCAGCAACAGGAAUCGCCCAAUUGCAUUAGUAGGAUGGAUACAAAUGGCUGGCAUGUAACAAUAUACAAGAGUUCAAGACUCCUUAUACCCAUGGGUAAGACAAUUCAUUUAUAUGGAUUCCCUUCGCCUGUUUCUGCAGAAGCAGUUAAAGAAUUCCUGGAGUUGCACACAGGAAAAGGAACUGUUUAUGCCAUUAAAGUUAGACAAACUAAAAAUGGUGGUCCAAGAGCAUACGCAAUUGUCCAAUUUACAGCUGCCAGAUAUGCUGAGCAUAUUAUUUCCUUGAGUAAUCAGCGACUUUGGUAUGGGAUGUCAUAUCUCAAGGCUCGGAAAAUGGAGCAAGAUAUGGUGCCAAAGCCAAGAAUGUCGCUGUAUAGAAUGGACAAUCUCCAAUUGCAUUUUGGCUGCCAAAUUUCAAAAGAAAAGUUUUCCACUUUUUGGACCAAGGCUGGUGUUUAUCUGAAUUUUGGAAUUGGAAUGCGAAAAUUACACUUCAUGCUAUCUCAUGAUGAGGUGGAAUACAAGCUUGAGCUUUCCUAUGAGAACAUUUGGCAGAUUGAGCUUCAUUUUCGACGCGGUCAAGCUACAAAGUAUCUUUUGAUUCAGAUGCUUGGUGCUCCUCGGAUCUUUGAGAAAGAUGUAACAAGUGAAGAUCUCAUAUCCAACUACUUUAAGGAUGGAUCUGAAUCCCAAUGGACCAGAACAACUGAUUUUAGUCCAUCAUACUAUAUUGGACAGUCUUCUGCAUAUUGUUUGGAGCUACCUUCCAGCCUCCAACUUCCAAAUUUCCAGGAGAACUUUGCUUAUUACAAAGAAAAUGAAGGAGAAUUUUAUGUCGAGCAUGGCAAUAGUUUUUCUUGCAAUCUGAAUCUGGUCCCGAUAGUUGGCCCACCACCUGGAAUUAACUUGCCAUACAAGAUCUUGUUUAAGAUUAAUUCAUUGGUUCAACAUGGGCUUCUUGCGGGGCCAACAAUUGAUGCUACAUUUUAUCAGUUGCUUGAUCCACGUAGAAUGAACAUAGCCUGUAUAGAGCAUGCUCUAGAGAACCUUUAUAAUCUAAAAGAAUGUUGCUAUGAACCAUCAAGAUGGCUCCGUGAACAUUACAGGAAAUACCUCUCAUCUAGGAAUCAUCCGCAAUCGUCUGAUAUAUCUUUGGAUAAGGGUUUGGUAUACAUACAUAGGGUUCAGAUAACACCUUCUAAAAUCUAUUUUUGUGGUCCUGAAGUUAAUGUCUCAAAUCGUGUACUACGCAACUAUCCUGAAGAUACUGAUAAUUUUCUUCGGGUUUCUUUUGUUGAUGAAGACUUGGACAAAAUGCAUUCAACCAAUUUGGCUCCUCGCACAUCUUCUAACAAGAGAACUAGAAUCUAUACUAGGAUCCUUUCAACGCUUCAAAAUGGUAUAGUCUUUGGCAGCAAGAAAUUUGAAUUUCUUGCAUUUUCAUCAAGUCAAUUGAGAGAAAAUUCUGCAUGGAUGUUUGCUUCAAGAAUUGGGCGCACUGCUGCAGAUAUAAGCGCAUGGAUGGGAGAUUUUCAUCACAUAAGAAAUGUGGCUAAAUAUGCUGCCAGACUUGGUCAAUCCUUCAGCUCGUCAACUGAAACACUGAGUGUCUGUAGAGAUGAUGUUGGAAUUAUUCCUGAUGUGGAGCUCAAAGGGGCUGAAAAAACAUAUGUGUUUUCUGAUGGGAUUGGGAAGAUAUCAAUUGAUUUUGCAAAGCAAGUGGCCAAGAAAUGUGGCCUUGGAGGUUCUAUUCCAUCUGCUUUCCAAAUUCGGUAUGGUGGGUACAAGGGUGUUGUUGCUAUUGAUCCAACUUCAUUUAUGAAAUUGUCCCUGAGACACAGCAUGUGGAAGUAUGAAUCAAGAAACACAAAACUGGAUGUUUUGACUUGGAGCAAGUAUCAGCCUUGUUUUCUGAAUCGGCAACUGAUAACCCUUUUGUCUACUCUUGGAGUUCCAGACUCUGUAUUUGAGAGAAAACAGAAAGAAGCAAUUGAUCUUCUGGAAAUGAUCCUAACUGAUCCAUUAAGGGCACAGGAGGCUCUGGGAAUGAUGUCUCCAGGAGAGAAUACUAACAUACUCAAAGAAAUGCUCUUGUGCAGUUAUAAGCCUGAUACUGAACCGUUCCUUUCAAUGAUGUUACAAGUUUUUCGGGCUUCAAAGCUGCUAGACUUGCGGACUAAAACACGGAUAUUUGUUCCAAAUGGAAGAUCUAUGAUGGGAUGCUUAGAUGAAACCAAAACGUUAGAAUAUGGGCACGUGUUUGUUCAAUUUUCAGGUGCAAGGCGUAAUCAGUUUCGUAGUGAUUCCACCAUGUUUGCUGGUCAAUCAGAGCAGUCUUUUGUGGUUGUCGGAGAUGUAGUUGUUGCUAAAAAUCCCUGUUUGCAUCCAGGCGAUGUACGGGUCCUAAAAGCUGUGGAUGUGCCAGCAUUGCACCAUAUGGUGGAUUGUGUUGUUUUUCCGCAAAAAGGAAGAAGACCUCAUCCAAAUGAAUGUUCGGGAAGUGAUCUGGAUGGAGAUAUCUACUUUGUCUGUUGGGACCGUGAAUUGAUUCCUCGAAGGCAAAUUGAACCCAUGGAUUACACACCACCACCCAGUAUGUUGUUGGAUCACGAUGUGACGAUUGAGGAAGUCGAAGAGUAUUUUACCAAUUACAUAGUUAACGACAGUUUAGGAAUAAUUGCAAAUGCUCAUGUUGCAUUUGCGGAUAAGGAGCGGGACAGAGCAUUGAGCGAACCAUGUUUAAAGCUUGCUCGUCUAUUUUCAAUUGCUGUAGAUUUUCCAAAAACUGGUGUGGCAGCUGAAAUACCACCGGAGCUGCAUGUUAAAGAAUAUCCUGAUUUCAUGGAUAAGCCUGAUAAACCGACCUAUGAAUCACACAAUGUUAUUGGAAAGCUUUUUCGGGAGGUGAAAGACAUAGCUCCAUCCACUAGCUCUGUAAGGCCCUUCACUCAGCAAGCUGCAAGGCAAUUUUAUGACUCUGACAUGGAAGUUGAUGGAUUCGAGGAUUACAUUGAUGAUGCUUUUCUUUAUAAAAGCAACUAUGAUUUCAAGUUGGGCAAUCUGAUGGACUACUAUGGCAUAAAAACUGAAGCUGAAAUACUUAGUGGAAGUAUUAUGGGAAUGUCAAAGGCGUUCACUAAAAGAAGGGAUGCAGACAGCAUUAGCAUGGCUGUGAAGUCCUUGAGAAAGGAAGCACGGUCCUGGUUCAGAGAGACAAGUACGGGUUCUGGGGUUGACGAUGAGUACGCAAAAGCUUCAGCUUGGUACUACGUCACCUAUCAUCCUAGUUAUUGGGGUUGCUACAAUGAGGGAUUGAAUCGGGACCAUUUUCUUAGUUUCCCAUGGUGUGUUUAUGACAAGUUGAUCCAAAUUAAGAGGAACAUUUCUAGAACGAGAGCAUCUUUCGAUAUGUCAUCCCUGGAAUGCCAGCUAAGCCAUGGGUUGCAUUUGGCCUGAGUCCAGCAUGUCUAAAAAACUUUCAUCUCUAAGGAGCAGCAUUUUGUUUCUAGGAUAACCAAGGUGGGUGGAUAUGUCCAUAAUAAUAUUAGUAGUCAGUCAGCUCUUCGAAUAUAGCUGAUAUUUACUAGUGUGUUUAUGUAAAUGAUCAUAAGUUUGUGGUUUUGAAAAUUCUUUUCGUAUGCUGUUAUUCUGUGUUAGACAUUGUCGUUCUAAGAGACAGAGACAUAAAUAGGACCACAAAAUUGAUAAUUUA